AUGCCUUUCCGGAUCGGACGGCUAAAAUGCCACGCGAACGCGGGCGAAGGAAGCACCAACGGUGGCGAGGGUUCCGGGUCGGAUUCCGACGAAUUCCGUCAGCGCAUGGAGGGCCUCGUGAACCGAGACGACGACAGCUUCGACGGCAAGCAGCUGGCGGCGCUCAUAUACCAAAAGUACUCGCGCUCGUACGACGUGCAGCUCAUUCGCAAGGAAUUCUUGGGCCGUCAACUGCUUGCCAUGAACGUCAUGUGGAAGUACCGAGAGCAGAAAUCCUUUCCCCUGACAAAGGAGGAGUACUUGUAUAGGCUGGACAGAGUUGCAGAGAACCUGAGGUGCUGGGGGGCCGUGGGGUUGGUCAGGGCAGGCCUAGCUGCCACCAAGGAAAGGCCUCGCACAGGGAAGGUGAGAAGGGUACUGUGCCCUCUGGUGUAUUGCACCUGA